AUGUUGGAUGAUUCCAUCCGCCUCCAUGCGGCGCCAUUCCCAGACGGAUUCUCGCCUUGUGGUUCUUUCGCCGCCAGUGGGGCUGCGCCUUUGCAUGGUUUCAUGUGUCAUACCCCUCGCGUUGCCAUCGAGGCUGGGCCUCUUGUAUAUCAAUUUCCGCCUCCUGCCACUCCCACUGUCAUUGAGGCUGCACCUGUUCCAUAUCAAAUCGAGGCGCCGCCUUUCCAACAUACAAUCUCUCUACCUCCUGCUGAUGAUGAGCGUGGAUCUGUUUUUUUUCCACCUGACCCUUCAUCAAACGGGCAAAGUUGGUCCGCCGAUUUUGAUCAUGAUUUCCCAACUGUCACCGGGUCUGAAGGGUACACAGACAAUUCGAUGCUUGACGAUCUUCAAAUGGUGUCUGAUAUGUCUGUCGGGUACCUCGACCGCCCCCACAUCCCUCCAACGAUUGUGCUCCAUGAACGGCUCACCUGGAAAGGUGUGGAUGCACCGCUCCAUUCCGACUUUCGAGCAGCCAUCACUGAUGCGCUGAAAAACUCUGCUUGGAACCGCCCGAUAUUUUUAACGAAGUGUCUCUACCUUGGCAGCCUUUGGGUCGGAUUGUACAACCCUUGGAACCUUCCUGAACAACAAUACAGACGGCUCAUUACCAGCUGCUUUUUAACGGCGAUAACUCUCAGUGGAACAUCGGUGGAUGAAUUACACAACCAACUGUUGACAGUGGUGACGGAUGACAUGGAAACGACAUCUAUUGGAUGGGACACCCUUCGCCUCACUUUCUCGAAUCACAUUGUGAACAGGACAUCGGAAAUGCGCAAAGUCGUCCGGGGGUGCAUUCACACGCCAACUGGAUUUUCAGGAAGUGAGAAUGCAGCCAAAAAAGCAAGAGUCGAUUACUUUUUUGCGCUGCUUGACUCAGGCAAUCGGGAACUUGUGCAACGAGGCAUAGCAGAACUGAUAAAACUCCAUAUGUUUGCAGAACUGGUAUGGGUAUCGCUGAUGCGACCUAUAAUCGGCUUGGCCGAGAAAAGGAAUGAGAAUGGGAGAAUCGCGGAUCUCUUUCCUGAGGAAGUACGAGACCGCGAUGGUCUUACUCAAGGCGUAGUGGGGACUCUAGUGACCAUUAUAUACCACACAUUUCAUAUCUGGCGCUCGCCGAAGACGCAGGGUCGUAGACUGGAUCUCAUGUAUGAAAUCUUCAUGGCCAGUCUAACCAGGAUGUAUGCCAACCCGGACCUCUUUCCUGGGUUCAAGGAGGCGCUGAGCAAGUUGCCUUUCUUACGCGAUGUGAACGUCUUUCCGAUUGAUCCCAAGACCCUACAGCCAAGAACUCGCGCAAAUGAGGCACCCCCGGUAUAUGAAGAUCUUGAGCUUAUCACCGAAAUGGUGCACAAUCUCACUACCCUUCCAAAUGCCGAAUUCACGUCUAUACGUUCGCAAAGGGCUAAUCUGCAGGCGCAUGAUUCAUGCUUCGAUGAGGUACUUUGA